CCUGUCUUUGACUGUCUAAUUGAAGAUUACAUGCCAUAAACUGAAUUACUGAAGAUGUUUGCAAAUCGGAAUCAGCAAUAUUACAAAUUAUGAUAAAACACUUAGUGAAGUAAGACUCACUGAUGCUUGGAGAUAGUGAGUAAAUUAUAUUAUCUACGGAGAAGAGAUCAUUCUUUGGAGUUCGCCAUUUAAGGUUGUAAGAUUUGUUGUAAAGAUGUUUUGCUUUCACUGUCCACCAAGCUUCCACCCAGCCGCUCGUCAAUAUGGUAUGGAUCUAACACCUUACCAACAUCACCACAAUCCUUAUUCAGGAUAUGGUUUACAUACAGAGUUCCAGGAUGACAGUUUUGCAAGACGCAAACAAAGAAGAAAUCGUACAACUUUUACUCUUCAACAGCUUGAGGAGUUGGAGAAAGCAUUUGCACAGACUCAUUAUCCAGACGUAUUUACACGAGAGGAUUUAGCCAUGAGAAUAAAUCUAACAGAGGCAAGAGUUCAGGUUUGGUUCCAAAACAGAAGAGCUAAAUGGCGCAAAAGUGAAAGAUAUACUGGUCAACCUAAGCAUAACAAAACUGAGAUGAUAGAUGUUGGAAACGAGGAAUCACAUGACACAACAAUAAACCCUUUGUCAGACGAUCAAAGUGACAUUGACCUUGAAAAAGUAACAAGCUCUGAAAUUUGCGUUGACAUGUGUCAGUCUGAUGACGAUCAUGACGAUGAGUUUUUGAAUGAAGAACCGGGAUCAGUUGAAACGGCAGAAAAUAAUUCUAAUAGUGCAGAAAAAACAAAUGAAUUGGAAAAUGAACACUUUCAAGACGAACAUAAAUCAAACGACAUAUCACAAGAACCAGACCAUUCUAGAAAUGACAAUACAGAAGAUGAGACAUCAUCAAUAUGUAAUGAUCAGUCAUCGGCAAGCACAUCUAAAGACAAUGAUAUCAAACCUCCGACCCCUCCAGCUCAGUCAUCAUCUUUACGGACGGGACUUAACUUCCUGUCAACACCUCAGCAUAUGUGUCCUUCGUCAUCACUUCUGAUGAACAUGGCAAACCAAUCACAAGACAAUAUCUUUCUGCAGAAACAACAACCAUUCCUGCAAACAUCUUUCAUGCAGACAUUGAUAGCUCUCAAUAAUAAUGCCAGCACUAGGCCUCCAAUGAUGCCACUUAUGGAAGGAAAUCAGUACAAAAACUACUUUGAAAAUUACUUUACACCACGACAUUUUCUACCAACCAUGACUCAUCCAGCUUUUAAAGCGGCUUGUUUACCAUUUUGUGGAUGCUGCAAUAAGAAACCAGAAAUAUCAACACCAAUGCUACAGCCAGAUCAAAGAACAUCUAGUGUAGCAGAACUACGAAGAAGAGCCAGGGAACAUUCCGAAUCACUAUGUACGACACCGAUACAUGAAAACCAUUGAGCUGGAGUACUAUUGAUAUAAUAUAGGCAAAUCCUGGUACGAUCUUUUGUUAAAUUGUUAGUGGUACUGGAAAGACGUUGAUGAAUUCAAAAACCAUUGCUGUGAUAGAAAAUGUAAAAAUUGGGCGAAUCAAUGUACACCCACAGUUGUGUAUAAGCCAUUUGCUUUAAUGAACAAGUUUAUGGUUAAAUCGUGUAUAUUUAACUUUAACAUAUU